CUGGCGGAGCGCGCCAGACCCAGACAGAGCCUCGCGGCGGCGGCAGCAACAGGCAGCGGGCUCGCCUCAGGGGCGGAGGAGGCAAAGGGGCGGGGAGCGCGAGGAGGAGCGACGCGGCCCUGCAGCCGCCGAGUCCCCGCCACAUGGACGAGCACCUCAGCCUCCUGCGCUCUCCGCUGCCGCCCUCCGCCCCUCACCGCGCCCACCCUCCCCAGCACCCAGCGAACGGCGGCGGCGCCCACAACCUGGUGAACCCCGGCUACACCGAGCCCCCCGCAGGCCCCGAGCUGCCGCCCGACAUGACCGUGGUGCCCGCGGACCACCUGCCGGAGCCGGAGGCGGCCGACGGCGGCGGGGGCCCGCCUCAGGGCGGCUGCGGCGGCGGCGGCGGCGGUGGCGGUGGCGGUGGCUGCGACCGCUACGAGCCGCUGCCGCCCGCGCUGCCGGCCCCCGGCGAGCAGGACUGCUGCGGGGAGCGCGUGGUCAUCAACAUCUCCGGGCUGCGCUUCGAGACGCAGCUCAAGACCCUCUGCCAGUUCCCGGAGACGCUGCUGGGCGACCCCAAGCGGCGCAUGAGGUACUUCGACCCGCUCCGCAAUGAGUACUUCUUCGACCGCAACCGGCCCAGCUUCGACGCCAUCCUCUACUACUACCAGUCUGGGGGCCGCAUCCGCCGGCCCGUCAACGUGCCCAUCGACAUCUUCUCCGAGGAGAUCCGCUUCUACCAGCUGGGCGAGGAAGCUAUGGAGAAGUUCCGCGAGGACGAGGGCUUCCUGCGGGAAGAGGAGCGGCCCCUGCCCCGCCGCGACUUCCAGCGCCAGGUGUGGCUGCUCUUCGAGUACCCCGAGAGCUCCGGGCCGGCCCGGGGCAUCGCCAUCGUGUCCGUGCUCGUCAUCCUCAUCUCCAUCGUUAUCUUCUGCCUGGAGACGCUACCCGAGUUCCGCGAUGAGAAGGACUACCCAGCCUCGCUGUCGCAGGACACGUUCGAGGCAGCCAGCAACAGCACGUCGGGGGCCCCCGCGGGAGCCUCCAGCUUCUCGGAUCCCUUCUUCGUGGUGGAGACCCUGUGCAUCAUCUGGUUCUCUUUUGAGCUGCUGGUGCGGUUCUUCGCUUGCCCCAGCAAAGCCACCUUCUCGCGAAAUAUCAUGAACCUGAUAGACAUCGUGGCCAUCAUCCCUUAUUUCAUCACUCUGGGCACCGAGCUGGCUGAGCGACAGGGCAACGGACAGCAGGCCAUGUCCCUGGCCAUCCUGAGGGUCAUCCGCCUGGUGAGAGUCUUCCGCAUCUUCAAGCUCUCCCGCCACUCCAAGGGGCUGCAGAUUCUCGGACAAACACUGAAAGCUUCCAUGCGGGAGUUGGGGUUACUUAUCUUUUUCCUUUUUAUUGGGGUCAUCCUUUUCUCCAGCGCUGUCUACUUUGCCGAGGCAGACGACCCCACGUCAGGUUUUAGCAGUAUCCCGGAUGCCUUCUGGUGGGCAGUGGUAACCAUGACAACAGUAGGUUAUGGUGAUAUGCACCCAGUGACCAUAGGAGGCAAGAUUGUGGGAUCUCUCUGUGCCAUCGCUGGUGUCUUGACCAUUGCAUUGCCAGUUCCUGUGAUUGUUUCCAACUUCAAUUACUUUUACCACCGGGAGACAGAAGGGGAAGAGCAAGCCCAGUAUAUGCACGUGGGAAGUUGCCAGCACCUCUCUCCUUCGGCUGAGGAGCUCCGAAAAGCAAGGAGUAACUCGACUCUGAGUAAGUCGGAGUAUAUGGUGAUCGAAGAGGGAGGUAUGAACCAUAGCGCUUUCCCCCAGACCCCUUUUAAAACGGGCAAUUCCACUGCCACUUGCACCACGAACAAUAAUCCCAACUCCUGUGUCAACAUCAAAAAGAUAUUCACCGAUGUUUAAUAUAUGAUACCAGUGACAUACCGUGCUCUCAGUAUUGUGUGGAACGUGCCCCCUUGGUCUGUGUAUGCCUUUGUUUUAUACAUUUCCAGACCAUUCAUCAAGGAAAGGACAUAAAGUGGGAAGCACACUUUAUUCUUCCUGUCCCUACUGCUUCAUACUGAAACAGGUGCCUGUUUUGCAAGUGGGCUGCAUUCUUUCAGCUCUCCAUUUUUCCCUCCCUUUCUCUUGACAUAAUGAACAACAAAUUUACAUUAAACUUGACUUCUAGUACACACCCUACAAAAAAAAAACAACAAAAAAAACAGUACAUCCUGGGAGGAAAUGAAACUUAAAGAACAGUUAGCGUUAACGGUUUAACCUCAAACUUUAAAAAGGCAGUUGUUUCUUUACCAAGAAAAGCACACAGAUUCUUAAGCAAUGCUUCAGUUUGAUGGACCUUUCAGCAUUAUUUAUUGAAUAUUUAGUUCAAUUGCCUACCCUGUGGAUAUGUAGAAGAAAAGUCUAACUGGAACCAUAAGUUUGUUUAGUUUUGACUGAACUUUCUAUUUGAAUCCCCUCUCCUGGAAUUUUAAGGGUCUCUACAACUUUGAAUAAAGGGAAAUGCCCAAGAUAUCAUUAUCUGACUAAUUAGUUUAACUCUUUGGGGCUUGCUAAGCAUUUUGAAAGUAUUAAACAAAUAGAUUCCUGUGAAGUUCUGUGUGAUAUGUCCCAGCCAACAGCUAUCAAAGUCUAAAAACAGAUGUUUUCAGUGCUGCUGAGGAAAAAACAAAAAAAAACCCCAAACUCCUAAUGAAUCUGAAAGAUAAAGCUUCUGCAGUAUCACAAGAAGAUUAAAGUGGCAGACACCCCUUCCAGCGGAAGUUACUAAUUCGGACCUGACUGAUGCAGUUCCCAUAGCAACCAUGUUUCCUGGGAAACCCGAAAAAGGUUGUCAUGGCAUCUCUUGCUCUCUAGCCCCACCCGACAGGCCCUGCGUUUCCACAGUAACCUUUCCAGAUGGUUCCUACUUACAUGAUUUCAUAAGGAAAACCACUCUUUGAAUAAACCACACAAAUAAAGUCACGCAACAUAUUUUUUUAAACUACAAAAAUCAUUGAUGUCAUCUCAUAAUGGAAAAUAUGGUGUUUGGAAUGUUAGAUAUAUACCACAAUAAGGCAUGAUCUGAAUUAAAUGAAAGUUAUUAGGCAAUAACUUUAAAAGAUGCUUCUCUACAGUUUUCUUUCUCCAAGAAGUUUUAAGCCAACAAAUGAUAUUAAAAAGAAAAUGUAAGUGUUCUGUACAUAAGCAAACAAGAGAUUCAGUGUACCCACAACCUUACCACAAGGGACCUUCAGACUUCCUCUUAAAAAAAAAUCAGAUUCCACAAUAGAACUGUCACCAUCACAGCACAUGGAAAGCUAUAUAAACUUAAAAUAUAUAAUAGAUGCACAUUUUUAACUGAGGGAAUUGCAGACAAUCAGUGAAAAGGAGGGAAGUAACAAGAUCUUGGAACACCUGCAAGUUUCAGCCAUAUGCCAAGGGUUGCCAGAAGAGAGACAGAAUCAGGUUCAACCGUGUCCUGAACACUUGUCAACUCUGCAAGCAGUUCCAAGUCCUUCCCAACUCUCAGCUGUGAAUAGAAGUGAUAACCCUUCCCACUAAGAAAUGCAAAGAAGCACAUGUGCCCCCCCUAAUCCGAAGACUUAUGGAAACACUGUGAGAUAGAGAUCCCUGAAGAGCCCUUCAUAAAGAAUUGUAGAGCUGCACUGACCAGUAGGAUGCUCAGUUUCAAAUUGCCUGGAUCAAGAAUGCUUUACUGUCAGCAUUUCUCAGUAAUGAGAAAUAUCUUAUCUGAAUUAUACCACUGAUGGGCAGUGAUCUGUCUGCCAGCACCUAUUUUUGUUUCAGUUGACAUUAAAUAAUAUAUCUCAAACAAAUGCGAAAUAGCUCUAAAGAUAGAGGAUUCUCUUCAUACUGUGUGUAGUAAAAAGGUACUGAUCAAAAGAUAAAGAAGAACAUUAAAAAUAUUAAGGUAUCAUUCAACCUUUUGACAUUUUGAUGAAAUCUAAUCAUCCAAAAGCUAUAAUCAGUGCUGCAGAUAAAGAAAGCCUAAAUAUUUGUUUCUAACAGCCAACUCUUACUGUUUUUUUUUUUCAAUUUAUUACUGGACUAUGUUUAAUUAUGAGAUAUAUUCAUGUUAUAUUCUGUGUUCUCAGUUAUAUACAACUUUAUUUGUGAAGGUGUAUUUUGUACCAAAGGCUCUGAUACAUAGAUUAGCCCAUUUACACAUAAAUAAGUGAAAUCUACACUGUGCCCAAAUGAAUGGUAUUAAAGACAGACUUGCCUAAAAGAAAUGUGCCUUGCUUGAUUAAAUAUUCUUUUUUUUCAAAAUGAUAGAUUUGUAAAUUAGUCUUAUAGAUAAGUUUUAGCUGAGCUUAAUUUUAUAAAAAUGUAUUAGUACUUAUAUGUUUAAGUGGUCUAUCUUAACUAAAAUGUUAACAUUUAGUUACACUGUUCAACAGUUCAUAUAUAAUAUAUUCAUUUAAUUUAAUUUUCAUGGAAUGUUUGGCGUAAUGAGAGAAAGCACAUUCUUAAAGAUAUAUAUAAUAGUUCAUCUAAUAUUUAUAGCUU